UCAUAUCUGUUCCUCUUCCAAAAACCCUAGCCCCUAAGCCUCCUUUUCCCACAGCGCCAGAUUUGCAGCCCACGACAGAGCCGACGCGUGACCUCCAAUCCAGCGGCGGCGAGCGACGAUGGCGUUGGCGCUCCCCUCGGCGUGGCGACGACCAGAGUCCGACGACCCAUAGCGGACCUGCGACGGCACAGAUCCACAGCACCACCCGUUGCGCGUUGAACGACGGUGGCUCAAGCCCAAACCCGCGUCGAUCCGAGUAAACAAUUUUUCCGGUUGGAGGAUUAGGCGACAGAAAAAUGCUGCCACAGCGGAUGAAGAUGACCAUUACAGAUAACCCAAAGAAGCUUGCCAACUUGAUUGAUCUUUUCAACCUUCCUUCAACUCUCAGAGAGUUUGUGGGACAGUCCCAAAUUUCUCGCCUGGGCUGUUUCAUGCGUGUGUGGUCUUACAUCAAAACCAACAAUCUGCAGGAUCCGGGCAACAAGAAUGUGGUCAUUUGUGAUGAGAAGUUAAAGAGUAUAUUGCUAGGGAAGCCCAAGGUUGAGCUUGCCGAACUUCCUGCACUGAUUAAAUUACAUUUUCCCAAAACCCCAAAGUGAGUUAUGCCUGUAGUUUGACCUCCAAUGCCUUCCCGAAUGAUGUUGUCAUGUUGUCAAUAUUUAGAAUGUUUAGCCACAGAUUUUUAUCAUUCUCAUAUCAGGUUUAUUUCACAUAUAUUAUCAAAAAAUUAUUUUGCUCUUACAGAAAAUAUUUAUUCAGCCAUCUCAGUUUAAGUAUCUUCUUGUGCCUCAUGCCUUCUGAAUAA